GGAGCCACUUGUGGAGGCGGCGGGGCCAUGAGCCGGCGGUUCACCGUCACCGCGCUGCCCCGCCACGGCCCCACGGCCGCCCGCGGACCCGACCGCGGCGCUGGGGGCGGCCGCCAGCCCGGCCGCGACGGCAGAGGCGAUGGCAAUCCCAAGGAGAGCAGCCCCUUCAUCAACAGCACGGACCUGGAGAAGGGCAAAGAGUAUGAUGGCAAGAACAUGGCCCUCUUUGAGGAGGAGAUGGACACCAGCCCCAUGGUCUCGUCCCUGCUGAGCGGGCUGGCCAACUACACCAACCUGCCGCAGGGCAGCCGGGAACAUGAGGAGGCUGAGAACAAUGACGGGGGCAAGAAGAAGCCGGUGCAGGCCCCACGGAUGGGCACCUUCAUGGGCGUCUACCUGCCCUGCCUCCAGAACAUCUUUGGGGUCAUUCUCUUCCUGCGCCUCACCUGGGUGGUGGGGAUCGCCGGCAUCAUGGAGUCCUUCUGCAUGGUCUUCCUCUGCUGCUCCUGCACAAUGCUGACAGCCAUUUCCAUGAGUGCAAUUGCCACCAACGGCGUGGUGCCAGCGGGUGGCUCCUACUACAUGAUCUCACGCUCCCUGGGACCCGAGUUUGGUGGGGCUGUGGGGCUCUGUUUCUACCUGGGCACCACCUUUGCCGGCGCCAUGUACAUCCUGGGCACCAUCGAAAUCCUGCUGGCCUACAUCUUCCCGGCCAUGGCCAUCUUCAAGGCAGAGGACGCCAGUGGGGAGGCAGCUGCGAUGCUCAACAACAUGCGUGUGUAUGGCACCUGCGUGCUGACCUGCAUGGCCACCGUGGUGUUUGUGGGGGUCAAGUACGUCAACAAGUUUGCCCUGGUCUUCCUGGGUUGUGUCAUCCUCUCCAUCCUUGCCAUCUAUGCCGGUGUCAUCAAGUCGGCCUUCGACCCACCAAGCUUCCCGAUCUGCCUUCUGGGCAACAGGACCCUCUCGCGCCACGGCUUCGACCUCUGCACCAAGAUGGUGGUGGAGGGGAACGAGACGGUGGGCUCCAAGCUCUGGGAGCUUUUCUGCACCUCCCGCUUCCUCAACGCCACCUGUGAUGAGUACUUCACCAUGAACAAUGUGACCGAGAUUGAGGGCAUCCCCGGCGCUGCCAGUGGCCUCAUCCAAGAGAACCUCUGGAGCUCAUACCUGACCAAGGGCGUGAUCGUGGAGAAGCGGGGGCUGCCCUCCGUGAGCCCCCCUGACACCCCGGUGGACAUGGACCAGCCGUAUGUCUUCAGCGACAUGACCUCCUACUUCACCCUGCUUGUCGGCAUCUACUUCCCCUCGGUCACAGGCAUCAUGGCUGGCUCCAACCGCUCCGGAGACCUGCGGGAUGCCCAGAAGUCCAUCCCCACGGGCACCAUCCUGGCCAUCGCCACCACCUCUGCUGUCUAUAUCAGCUCUGUUGUCCUCUUUGGGGCGUGCAUUGAGGGGGUCGUCCUGCGUGACAAGUUUGGUGAAGCUGUCAAUGGGAACUUGGUGGUUGGCACCCUGGCGUGGCCGUCCCCGUGGGUCAUUGUCAUCGGCUCCUUCUUCUCCACGUGUGGGGCUGGGCUGCAGAGCCUCACCGGAGCCCCCCGCCUCCUGCAAGCAAUCUCCAGGGACGGGAUUGUGCCCUUCCUCAGGGUCUUCGGCCACGGCAAAGCCAACGGGGAGCCGACCUGGGCCCUGCUGCUCACAGCCUGCAUCUGCGAGAUCGGGAUCCUGAUCGCCUCCCUGGACGAGGUGGCUCCCAUCCUCUCCAUGUUUUUCCUCAUGUGCUACAUGUUUGUCAACCUGGCGUGUGCGGUGCAGACACUGCUGCGGACACCCAACUGGCGGCCCCGCUUCCGCUACUAUCACUGGACCCUGUCCUUCCUGGGCAUGAGCCUCUGCCUUGCACUGAUGUUCAUCUGCUCCUGGUACUACGCGCUGGUUGCCAUGCUGAUUGCUGGCCUCAUCUACAAAUACAUCGAGUACCGUGGGGCAGAGAAGGAGUGGGGCGAUGGGAUCCGGGGGCUGUCCCUGAGCGCAGCCCGCUAUGCCCUGCUGCGGCUGGAGGAGGGUCCCCCACACACCAAGAACUGGAGGCCACAGCUGCUGGUCCUGGUCCGUGGGGAUCAGGAGCAGAAUGUGGUGCACCCGCAGCUCCUGUCCUUCACGUCGCAGCUCAAGGCUGGCAAGGGCCUCACCAUCGUGGCCUCCGUGCUGGAAGGGACCUUCCUGGAUAACCACCCGCAGGCGCAGAGGGCAGAGGAGUCCAUCCGUCGCCUGAUGGAAGCAGAGAAGGUGAAGGGCUUUUGCCAGGUGGUGAUCUCCUCCAACCUGCGGGAUGGCAUGUCCCACCUCAUCCAGUCCAGUGGGCUGGGCGGGCUGCAGCACAACACGGUGCUGGUGGGCUGGCCCCGCAGCUGGCGCCAGAAGGAGGACCACCAGACCUGGAGGAACUUCAUCGAGCUGGUGCGAGAGACCACAGCUGGGCACCUGGCCUUGCUGGUGGCCAAGAAUGUCGCCAUGUUCCCGGGCAACCAGGAGCGGUUCUCAGAGGGCCACAUUGACGUCUGGUGGAUUGUCCACGAUGGGGGGAUGCUCAUGCUUCUGCCUUUCCUGCUGCGGCACCACAAGGUCUGGCGCAAGUGCAAGAUGCGUAUCUUCACGGUGGCGCAGAUGGACGACAACAGCAUCCAGAUGAAGAAGGACCUGACCACAUUCCUGUACCACCUGCGCAUCACUGCGGAGGUGGAGGUGGUGGAGAUGCAUGAGAGCGACAUCUCCGCCUACACCUACGAGAAGACUCUAGUGAUGGAGCAGCGCUCCCAGAUCCUCAAGCAAAUGCACCUCACCAAGAAUGAGCGGGAGCGGGAGAUCCAGAGCAUCACAGACGAGUCCCGCGGCUCCAUCCGGCGCAAGAACCCGGCCAACACGCGCCUGCGCCUUAGCGUCCCUGAGGAGCAGGUGGGAGAUGCUGAGGAGAAGCCGGAGGAGGAGGUCCAGCUCAUCCAUGACAAAAACGCCACCGCCUUCUCCAGCAGCUCCCAGUCCCCUGGUGAUGAGGUGGAGACGGCUCCUGAGAAGGUGCAUCUCACCUGGACCAAGGAGAAGUCUGUCGCAGAGAAGAACAAGAGCAAGAGCCCCGUGAGCCCCGAGGGCAUCAAGGACUUCUUCAACAUGAAGCCGGAGUGGGAGAACCUGAACCAGUCCAACGUGCGGAGGAUGCACACAGCCGUGAAGCUCAAUGAGGUGAUUGUGAAGAAGUCCCAGGAUGCCAAGCUGGUCCUGCUGAACAUGCCAGGGCCUCCCCGCAACCGGAAAGGGGAUGAAAACUACAUGGAGUUCCUGGAGGUGCUGACGGAGCACCUGGACCGAGUGCUCCUGGUGCGUGGUGGGGGCCGGGAGGUCAUCACCAUCUACUCCUGAAACAUGGCGCGCAAGAGAGGUUUGUCUGCACGCUGAGAGCCCCGCCACCCCUUUGCACCGUGCUCCUGGAGGGGAGGAGGGAAGGCCUGAUGGCAGCCGGUGUGCAGAAACUUCACCUGGCUUUGGCCCCUGAUCUCUCCAUUCGAACUGCAGCACCAGAUCUUCCGGGAGCAUCCAGCAUCAGAGCAGCUGUUCCUCAUUGCAACAUCACAGCACUGCUGUCCUUGUUUAUAUAUAAAUAUAUACACUGUACUGCGGACUGAGCACCAGAGCCCAGCGCUGCUGCCACCGCCGGUCCCUGGCAGGGCCAGCCCUGUCGCCAGCCCCAGCACUGCUGCUUGCAGCUCCUGGCCAGGCAGGAGGGUGGCUGUGCCGAGAUGGGCGCCCGGCCCCACCGUGCUGCAACCCCUGCACAGAGCUUGGCUGGACGCAUCUGUGCCCUGUGACCGCCUGCCACUUGCGCCCUGCCUCCCCAUGGAGGCUCUGGGAGAAGAGAGAGGCCACCAGCACGCUUUCCUAGCCGGACACUCCUCUCCCCACCUCCAGCAGCACCCGGGGCUGCCUCCCACAGCGCUGCCCCACCAGCCACCCCUCGCCAGGAUGGGCCCAGACAGCCCCACCUCGCUGCUGCCUCAGUGCCACCCGUCUCUGGAGGCCGUGGGUUAAGCUUGCGGAGAUGCAGCGUGAUGGUUUGGAGGGGGCAGAGG